AUGUGCUCAUCUGACGUAUUUUUCGGUGACAAUUUCAGUCAAAAUCAGUGGAACAGCAAAUGCGAAGACACUUGUCAUAUUGAUAUUGGUUAUUCUGGCCAUUCAGAGGAGCAAUUUGAAUCUGAGUUGGAGGCUAUGAAUAAUGGUGACUUGUCUUCAGUCAAAAAUUUAGAAUUACAAUUAGCUGCCUGCAAUCGAAUUGUUUCUCUGUUAUAUAAUCGUCUUUCAACAGAUCACUUUCAACUAGUACAAUUAUUAAAUAAUUUGAACGAGUGUGGUGAUUCAGUUUCUGUUACUUUGUCAACUUUAUCCCAACUUAAUCCACAUCCUAGUGUUUUAGACAUAUGUUCUAAUGUAACAUCAACACAUAGUCAAUUAAAACAUAUUCAGUCUCUCUUGCUAUCCCGUGAACAAGAUGCCUCAGAUAAUUUGAAAAUCAUUUAUACAUUCCAACGAAAAUUAGAAGAACGCAUUAAACAAUGCAAAAUCCAAGCUCAAAAUUCACUUAAAACUGCUAAACACAAUUCUGUUCAAACUGAUUCUAUAUCAAAGAAUGAACAACUUAAUCAGCAAACGUUUUCCGAUCCAAAGCCUAAUGGAUUUAAAAAUCCAGGAGAAAUCAAAUACGAAACUUUAUUAAAAUAUGGACUGGUUAAUCCAAGGAAUGUUCUCAAUCGUACACUAAAACAUCCUGGUUUUUCUGAAUCCGUUGAGCCAAGGAAGUGUGAAUUACAAGAAGCUUUAUUGAAUGCAGUUGGUCAACUGGAUCGUUUAAGAAAAUACCGUAUAAAUCAAAAAACACGUAUUGAUCAACUACAAGAACGAUUAGAUCAUAUGGGUAUUGAACUGGAUUCCAGUGUAGAUACUAUUCGUCAUCAUCAAACAAAUUAUGAAGCACAAAAACGUAGAACCUCUAUGGAGAUUACUCAUUUACGUAAUCAAUUAGCUAAAGCAACCGCUUUAUUAGAACAGUUUAAAUUAUUCUUCAGUAAAACAAAUCUGAACACUAGUUCUUUGAACCAAAAUAUGCGAGUACUCAUUGGGAAUUUACUAAAACAUUUACACACAAAUAAUGAACUGCAAGAUAUAGAUACUUUAAGUAUCGAUGAUUUAAAACUGAAAUUAUCUAUUGCUCAAAAUGAGCUUACUCAAUUACGAUUAGAUAUGGCACGUCAAAGAGAAGAUGAUGAUCGUGAGGCAUCAAGACUUCGGGGUCAGUUAGCUGAAGCAAGUUCAGAUGCAAGAGCUUUACGGAUGCAGUUAAAUCGCCUUAUAUCACAAAGCAUUUCUUCAGGCAAACUUAAUGGUUUGGCGAAUACAAACUCACCUGACUCCUCAAGCUGUACAAACUGUCAAAAACUUCAACGUCUCAACGAUGUUUUACAACGGAAACAAUCUAACAUGAACCCGUUUCCUGAUUUAAUCAAUCAUCAAGGGAAUAUAAUAAAUCAUCAGAAUUUUGUUUGUGAGGACAGCACCGUUACGAAGAAAGCGAUACACAAGCCACACUUUAUAGACAGUUUCGUUCAAACAGAUUUGUUGAAUGAUAUUCCCGCAACUGAUUUUGUCCAAAAGGUUGAUAUAGCUAUUGACCCUAUUUAUGGAUACGAUAACAUCUCACCACAUCUCCCGGUUAAAAAUUGUAAAUAUGUUCAAACGGAAUCAUUCAUCAUAGGCAAUGGCAUAACUUCAUGCGAAACUUCAUCCGGUGUAAUUUUGAUGGAUGGAAGUUUAAAAUAUGGUAGUGUGAACGAACCAAGCAUCCUAAGUGAGGUUCAGUUAAAUAAUCUUCAUGUAUCCAAUAAAUCGGCACCAGUAUCAUUAAUGAGAAAUGACAAUGAAGCAGUAAUAAAUAGUUAUCAAAAUUCGAUGCUUCAUUCAAUUAGUGAAUUAAAGCAUGAUAACUUGGUUAACCCGAACCAAAGUGUUGAUGAAGAUUCGUUACAUUCUCAGUUGUUACAGCGAAUAAAAGUAGCUGAGGAGGAAGCGAUUAUGGCUAUGGAUCAGUUGAAGGCAAGUAAUGCAGAGUUUCUUACUUUGAAAGAACGCUUAUCCCAUGCAACUGUAGAACGUGCACAUUUAAAAGCAACCAUUGAAGGAUUGGAUGAACAGGUCGCGUUACUUGAAGACUCUUUGUAUGAGCGUACACAGGAACUUCGUAGAAGUCAAAUACUUCUUGGAAAAUAUUGUCCAACGUACCAAAAGCCUGUGACAUCAUAUUCUGUUGAACCUGAAAUACCGACAUCGGAAAUAUCUAUUAAAAUACAUGAACCAAACAAUAAUUAUACAGACGAAUCAGCAGUUGUUGAUUUGAGAGGUCUUCCUCAGCCUUUUGAACCUACAGAAUCAUUUCUACGUUCUCUACCCAUCAGAUUUAAAUCCUUACAUCAAUUAAUUAACCUAAAGGAUUGGCUAUCUGUUUUAUUGAAGCAGUUGGUUGUACGUAGUCAACAACUAACACCCAGAAUAUUUAGUGGUAUAAGAUUUACCUCAUUUCGUCUGCAAAGUCAACCUAGACCUAAAGCAAUGUUUAUAUUCUUGACUUAUUUCUUUGUUGUACAUGUAAUGCUAUUACAUUGCUGGUUAUUGUAA